UGUGUAUCUGUUGACGGCAACGCGCAACGGCAAAAAAAAAAGUUUCAAUUGUUUUCAUUAAACGGCAUCGACAAAAAGAAAAAAAAAAUAGCAAAAGAAAUCAAAAGCCUAAAUAAAAUUUAUGCGCGCACCACACGCCCCAAACGACGCCCCGCUACUGUUAACCGAUCCGCCCAAGCGCAGCAAGAGGAAGCAACACAACGCAGUAGCAACAGUGAAGGCUGCCCGCACCCACACACGCCCUAAAUCCCCAAGGCAGAGGCUCGAGCUCAGGCUCCAGCUUUAGCUCCGCCUCCUGAUCCAGCUCCAGCUCCCGCUCCGACCUCAGCUCCCACUCAGUGCUAACAAAUGGCCUCCAACAAUUUUGGCAGCAAUGCUGCUGCCGGAACAGCAGUGACCUCGGUCUCUGCAGCAGCAGCCGCGGCAGCAGCAGCUGUCAAUGCUGAUUUGUGGCGCGAAUGCGUUGCCUGGUUGGUGCGCUGCAAGGUGAUACCAGCGGACCACAAGGCCGCCCUGCCCGACGCCGAGAUACGUAUUCUGGCCAUGACGUUGCGCGAUGGCGUGCUGCUCUGCAACCUGGUCAUACACCUCGACCCCACCAGCAUGGAUGCGCGCGAGUUCAAUCGCAAGCCGCAAAUGGCGCAGUUUCUGUGCUGCAAGAAUAUCAAAUUGUUUCUGGAUGUGUGCCACAAUCAUUUCAAUAUACGCGAAGCGGAUCUCUUCGAGCCCACGAUGCUCUACGAUCUGACCAACUUCCAUCGUGUGCUCAUAACGCUCUCGAAGCUGUCGCAGUGCCGCAAGGUGCAGCAACUGCAUCCGGAGCUGAUCGGCUUCAAUCUGCAGCUGUCGCCCAGCGAACGCUCCCACUCGGAUGAGGCCAUAUAUAAGGAUUUGCAUUCCACCAAUAAUGAAUUGAGGACAACGGGCAGCAUGGAUGCCACCGGCUCCUCAUCCUCGGAGUAUUACGAGCGGACCUCGCACAGCGGCUCGCUCUCGGUGGAGGAUGAGAAUAGCGACAUUACAAUUGAGAACGGCACCGAGGACAUUGACGACUAUAUCGAGGAUUCGCUGUCCAACAUGUGUGAUUCCAGCAUCGACAACGAUGCUGCCAUCGGUGGCGAUGCCAAUCACUCCGUCCAGGGCCAGCUGCGGGCCCUCUCCUUUGAUCUCAAUCCCAGUGCCGGCAACAGCGGCAGCUUUGACUGUGUCACGCCCACGCCGCAGGUGGAUGCGCCCAAGGCGAGCACCUCAGCUGCCGCUGCAGCCGCUGCUGCCCAAGAAGCAGCUGCAGCCGCUCAAGAAAGGCAACAUCAUGCCUCCACCAGCUCCUCAUCCUCGUCGCUGUUCGUCAGCGAGAGCCAACGCCUGCAGCGAGCCGCCGCCGCCGUCUACAACUAUCGAUCCUCGAUGAUGAUGUCGACGGAGCACGAGUAUGCCUACAUCAACGACAUCUACAGCGAGGACGACGAGAAGGUCUACGAGGAUCUCUGCUACGUCACAUUCCAGUCCAAGGCCAAACCAGAGGUUACCACCGACAACAUUGCAUGCAAUGGAACCGCUUAUGAUCACAUCAACACAAAAGAAGAGGAGGUCUAUCAAGAUUUGUGCGCACUGCACAGAACGAGUAGAGGCCAGACAACAUCCGCGACCAGCUUUGAGCAGCGGGACUAUGUCAUACGCGAACUCAUCGACACCGAAUCCAACUAUCUGGACGUGCUCAAUGCACUCAAAACCAAAUUCAUGCUACCGCUGGAGCGGCAUCUCAAUCAAGAUGAACUGCGUCUCAUCUUUCCCCGCAUACGGGAACUGGCCGACAUUCACACAAAGUUUCUGGAGAAGUUGCGCGAGUCACUCAUGCCCAACGCCAAGCAGAAGAUGGGCCAGGUGUUCCUUGAGUUCCGCGAGCCUUUCCUCAUCUACGGCGAGUACUGCUCCUGCCUGCUGAACGCCAUAGACUAUCUAGCCGAUAUCUGCAAGAAGAACCAAAUAAUUGACCAGCUGGUGCAGAAGUGCGAGCGGGAAUACAAUGUGGGGAAGCUGCAGCUGCGGGACAUCUUGUCGGUGCCCAUGCAGCGCAUACUCAAGUACCACCUGCUGCUGGACAAGCUGGUGAAGGAGACGUCGCCGCUGCACGAGGACUACCGAUCGCUGGAGCGGGCCAAGGACGCCAUGAUCGAUGUGUCGCAGUACAUCAAUGAGGUGAAGCGCGACUCGGACCAUUUGGUCAUCAUCCAGAAGGUCAAGGACAGCAUCUUCGAUCUGAACUUGCCGCACAACGGCAACGAUCUGCUGCAAUAUGGACGCCUACUGCUCGACGGCGAUCUGCAUAUCAAGGCGCACGAGGAUCAGAAGACGAAAAUGCGUUACGCCUUUGUGUUCGACAAGAUUCUGAUACUGGUCAAGCCGCUGCAUGUCAAGACCGGCGACAUGCAGUACACAUAUCGGGACUCGCACAAUCUGGCCGACUAUCGGGUCGAGCAGAGCCACUCCCGCCGCACGCUCGGCCGGGACACGCGCUUCAAGUACCAAUUGCUGCUGGCCAAGAAGUCGGCGAAGACCGCCUUUACGCUCUACUUGAAGUCGGAGCACGAGCGGGACAAGUGGCGCAAGGCGCUCACCGAAGCCAUGGAGAGCCUCGAUCCGCCUGGCUGCCGGAAUACGGAUCAUAAAAUGGAGAUUUACACCUUCGAUGCGCCCACCACGUGCCGGCAUUGCUCCACAUUUCUGAAGGGACGCAUCCACCAGGGCUAUCGCUGCAAGGUGUGCCACAUCAGCGUGCACCGGGGCUGCAUCUCGUCCACGGGGCGCUGCAAACAGAAUCCGGUUAGCAUACCGCCGCCCGUCUGCGAUCGCCAGCUGUCCGAGUUCAACUGGUUUGUGGGCAACAUGGAUCGGGAGACGGCGGCCAAUCGCUUAGAGAAUCGACGCAUUGGCACCUAUCUGCUGCGUGUGCGUCCACAGGGCGCCUCCUCGCCGCACGAGACCAUGUAUGCGCUCAGCUUGAAGACCGACGACCAUGUGAUUAAGCAUAUGAAAAUCAACCAGGAAAACGAUGGCGAGUCCAUGCUCUACUGCUUGUCAUCGCGUCGCCAUUUCAAGACCAUCGUCGAGCUGGUUUCGUACUAUGAGCGCAAUGACUUGGGCGAAAACUUUGCCGGGCUGAACCAGUCGCUACAGUGGCCCUAUCGUGAGGUCUACGCCACGGCGCUGUACGACUUCGAUCCGAAGCCCGGCAGCAAUCAGCUGCAGCUGCGAACCGAUUGCCAGGUGCUGGUAAUUGGCAAGGAUGGGGACAGCAAAGGCUGGUGGCGUGGCAAAAUCGGUGAUACGGUGAUGGAGACCUUGAGCGCAGCCCAAGUGCAGUCGCUGCGUGAACUGCGCAGUAAGCAGAGCGAGUGCUGA